UGUGGCUGAGCAUGCGCUGUCAUUGUGGCUCAACUUUCCCAUGUGCAUAAUUCGUGCAUAGUUGCAAGAUGGCUGCCUUUGCCCCGCUCCUUCUCAUCAGUCUCUUGACCAGAAGCAUUCCCUUGGCCGCCAGAGUUUGUUUUGAUGAUGCCAUCCCAGAGGAGAGUCGUGGCAAUAUCACGCUGGAUGGCGAAAGCAUGCCCAUUGGGCUUUGGGAACUCAAGUGGGAUUCAGCUUCGAUCAUGACCCGUAUCUUCGAAAUCUUGGUUUCCGAAAAGUUGGGCUACAAAGUGGUCAACUUGGGUGGGACCGGCAGCAGCACUCCAGUGCUUUACCGCCUUGGGGGCUGUGAGGAAGCUACUUCCAACCCUCCAAACAAUGGCAAAUCCUUCGAACAGGAUUGUCUUACAAAACCUAGGCGUUUCCACUUCUCUUUUGAGAGCUGGCAGGGUGCCUCAACAUAUGUCCCCUCCCUUCUUCAGGCGUUUGGUGAUCGAGCACCCAUCAAUCUGGGCAGCUUGCAGUACAAAGGUUCAUCGGGAAUGUAUGUGCUUGGUGCCGCAGUCAACGCCGGGUUGCUCGAUAGUGGUCUGUCGUUGGAAUACUACAGCAACUACAAUGCGGAUUGGUUCCAACCAAGUAAGUACACUGCCAUUGUUUCUGAUGUGAACCUCUCUAGGCUUGCCACGUGUGAUGAAGGAGUGAACAACCGGUACAUCUUUUUUGCACCUGAGUACUUGGAAGCAACUGGAGACUCAGAUGCUGUGUACCUCGGAGGCGGCCGAGUGAAGUACAAGUGCUGGGAGGAUAAGUGGUGGAUUAGCCCCGCUUGCCGUAGCAUGCCUCAGAAUUGUUCCACUCUCAUUACUAGCUUUCCAGGUUGGGGCUUUGGUUUGAUGACGCAAUGGGUUGCAUUUCACAAUAUGCCAGUUGCUAUCGGAACUGCAGCUCCUGGUGAUGAUGCAGCACAGGCCUACGUGCAACUCGGCCGGGAAUUGGCCAGCUUGGUCUAUUGGUGGACUCCGGAUGUGUCCUUUCUACGAGAGAAUGCGUCUCCGAUCGUUCUGCCUCCUUUCAACCCGGCAGAACACGCACGCAAGAUCUACCGAACAGGCAGAGAGGAAUUGACUUUGACCAAGUGGGCAGCUGCAGAUAUGGACGUUGUAGCUCAUCGAGCUUUUUCAUUGGCAGGUGCCAUUGCUUUGUCGAAACAAGAAAUCGCAAGUGUGCUCCUGAAGCACAUAGAGCUGAAGGAGCUAUCUGGAGACACCACGCAUUGGGAUACUGCCUGCACCUGGCUGAAGCAAGCAUCAACAGCAUCCACAUGGCAAGCAUGGAUACCAAGUGACACUGCAUGUCCACUGGGCAGGGGUUUGGUGGACUCGCAGCGAAAUUACGUCACUCACCGUGAUCUUGCUGUCGCUUGCGCCGCUUGCCCUGCUGGUAUGUUCUCUCAGGAAUCCGGAGAGACAAGAGUUUCCCAGCCCUGCCCAGCAGGUAGCCACCAGAGUUUACCUGGAGAAGCUGUUUGUGAAGCAUGUCAACCAGGAACAUCUUCUGCGGAGGAGGGGAUGGUGGAAUGCGCCCCAUGCGGGCUGGGAAAGUAUGCAAAUUUCAGUGGGAUGAAGACAUGCAUCCAAUGCGGGGCCAACAUCACCUCAGACAACGAGAAGCUCCAAUUGUUCACCACAAGCCAGUUGGUCGUGUCAAGCGCAGGUCAACAGUGGAUCCCAGUGCAAGGGGCAUCCUCGGAGCAACUUUGCGGCUGCGUGGCUGGAGCGCACCGAACAUCCGCUGGGCUCUGCGCGCUUUGCCCUGAAGGAGCCGCUUGUGAAGGAUCCAGGCUUCUCCUUCUUCAAGGUUACUAUUCGAAAGAGGAAGAUCCUGGAUCGGUCUUCAAAUGCCACGAACGGUCACAUUGCCCUGGUGGGCUUCCAGGCGCUUGUGCCGAAGGAAGGGAUCCAGCUAGCGUAGCUUGCAACUCCUGCCUGCCGGGCCUCCAUUCCGCCGGAGCGCGGUGCAUUCCGUGCGAAGGAGGGGACUAUGCGCUUGUUGGCAGUCUAUUGGUUUGCUUCGUGCUCGCCAUGAGUGGAGCAUAUGUGGCUUUCACGUGGCAAGAGUCCAAAAGUGCCCGCUCCUCGAACUUCGUCGUGGUGGCGUGUGGUCUGGGCCAGCUAGCAACGUCAAUUCAAGUGAUUUCUGUGAUCCAUCAGUUCAGUUUGGACUGGGGAGAGCCCAUCGCAAGCCUGCUGGCGCUCACGGAAUCUUUCACCCUUGACCUUAAUAUUCUUUCCUUUGAUUGCCUUACUCCCUCGGAUCCAGUACCACUGUUCCUAUUUCAUGUGAUGGUGUUGCCCAGUGUUUUGGCACUGGUUUGCAUCAUCCAUUUCUGCACCGUUCUGGCGAAACGCAGUUCGUCCACUUGGCAGUUCCAUCGCCUUGGGCAGGCAGUUGGUUCCUUGUGUGUCGUCUUCUUCAUUGCUGUGUGUUCAUCUUCCAUGCCCCCACUCAUUUGCCAAACUCAUCCCAACAAGCUCUCAACUGUGCGAGCCUAUCCAUCGGUGAAUUGCAAUGGCCGUGAGCAGCAUCUUGCCAUGAUCCUCAUCACAACAUUCGUAUUUUUACUGCCUGCCCUUUUCCUCGCAUCGAGUAUUUGGGUGGUUCUGCAGAUCCCCAGCAAGAUCAAUCAGUCGGAUUUGAAGUUCAUCAGAGCUGCUUCGUUUCUCUUUGGACGUUUUCGCCCAGGAGCAGAAACCUUGGGAGUUUGGCUGUUGCUACGAAAUGCCUUGUUGGUCUUCUUGCCAUUGGCUUCACAAAGUGUGAGCACCUUCUUGAUGAACAUUCUGCUAUCUCUAAGUCUGAUGGCAUCGUGUUAUGUCAAGCCUUGGCGGAUGAAAGCUUGCAAUGACUUGGACAUUUUCCUCACAGCCUGCAUGAUUUUCAUCGUGACUUUGGGAUCGCAUGUGGCUGGGGAUGUCAAUGAGGCUUUGACAAUCACAGCAAGCUUGACAUUGCUCAGUCUCAUUUUUCUCUCACUUCUGGCCUUUAUCUCUUUAGGUUGUUUGAGAUGCUUCCGUGAAAAGCAGAAGGCCUUCAGAUACUUCCUUUCGCACCACAAGAGCAAAGCUGGCAGUUUGGCACGCUGGCUGAAGAUGCUAAUCUUGCAGCGUGGGAAGAGAUUUACCACUUUUAUCGAUGCAGAUGACUUGUGUGACCUGACGAAGCUUUUUUGGCAUGUGGCCCAUGAGACGGUGACCUUGGUGAUUCUGGCGAGUCCCGACCUGCUGAAGCGGAAAUGGUGUGUGGGCGAAAUGGUCACUGCCAGGAUGCAUGAGGUGCAUUCGGUUGUCAUCGCGUGGCCUCAAUUUGUGAAGCCCACUGAGGCCUUCAUCCAGGAAUAUGCAAGCUUCGUGCCUGACAUUGUUCACCUUGGCAAGCACAACAUUUGCAUCGAAGACGUUCAGGAGACGUUUCGCUGGAUGUGUUCUUUGCAGACGUUGCCACUUCCUACGCCUUUGACACAUGGAACCUUGUCUCUUGUGGUCAAUACACUUACGGGCACCUUGUCCAGAAUCAGGCCGUUCAUGUCAGAGACAUCAACCUGCUGCAUCUUAUCAGAUCCCGAAAAUUCGGAAGCCGUUGCAGCUGCAUUUGUCUUUAGUGAGCUGAUGAGCAAGGAGUUUUCCAGGACCUUAGCCUUCUCCCAGACUCUAGUGAUGACGCCUGGUGAGUUAGUUCCAGAGGAGACGGCCUAUGCCAUUGUCGUUUGCACUGGAGGUUGCUUGAAGUCCUUCGAGCUUUGUCAAUGGAUUGUGCAGCUUGGCAAGUCUGACUGCAGAGCUUUGCCUGUCUUUGCGGACGAGGAAUUCAAACUUCCAGGACCAGACCUGCUGAUGGAGCUCAUGACUCGUGAAGACUUUAAUGCUGUGCCUGGGAUGGCAGAGGACUUGACCAAAACCAUCAAGGCGGUUCUUGAGGAGAUUGGGAUUAUGUGCAUGGCAAAGAUGGCACUGCAAGAUGAGUUGGAACUACGUGCCCGGCAGAUUGUGAUGCGCUUGACCCACAAACCUCCCGCACCCCUUUGUGACAAGCUUGGCGGCGAACGAUCUGUUCCUUAUUUUUCGAGCAUGCCGAUUUCUCGUCAGGCUCCCGACAAGCAGGACGACUACGUGAAAUGCAUAUUGUGACGUAUUGUCCAGGAUCAAGAUGUGCCUAAGAACUCUCCAUCAACCUAGCUUGGAGGCCAUCGCUCUUGGGUUAGAGGCCAUGGCUAGGUUGGAGGCCAUCGGAUCAUCGCUAGGUUGAUGGAUGGAGUCUACGACUUGAAUAAGUCGUCAUACUUCUUUUCGAGAAAGAAGAGGUCGCCUAAGGUGUUCUCCAGUUUUCGUGCUAGCGUUUCCACGUGGCCAGUUGCAGCUGAAGUGGCUACUCCGCUGUCAACUAGGUCUGUGGAGAGGAGAGGGUUUCAGGAAGCCGAAAAGAAGCCUCGUUGCGGCCGGGAGAAUGUGUCAAGAUUGUUGAACUUUGUGCCGUCAACCUUGGUUAAACAAAAGAA